CGGAUUUCCGUAUCUGGUAACAUUGUGGGACUUUAGUGUUAUAAUUGAAGCUUUGACGUUGAAAAACUCCUCCUUUUUGCUCGGAAAACAUGCAGGCCCAAAAUGCAGUCGCCGGUGCUCGACUUGCGAAAGCCAAAGGAAAAUGCGUAUAUUGCGCAGUCGCAGCGGAAAGGAUCUGUCAGCGCUGCGGAGACUUCUACUGCUCCAAGGACUGUCAGCGAAACGAUUGGCUACGUCAUCGUUACAUCUGCAUCCCGCUGCCCGCGUUGGUUUAUCCCAAUGCAUAUAACGUGUUCCAGAGCGACGGGGAAUCAACUUUCGAGGGGGCCUUUUCGGUUAAUGCUGAUACAUCAGCAGUUGAGGCGUCGCCACCCCCCAUCAAUCGAUCAGCCAUUAUCCCGGAUCUAAAGUGCGAUAAUGCCGGCAGUGCCAGGCUCAUUGCAGCCAAAAAUGAUGUUCCCAUUCCUCCCCAUUCAUCCAAUAGCAUCUCCUCGAGUAACAACGAUACCAAAGAAAAACAGAAAAUAAUUUCUCCGCCGAAUGCGAACAUGCCGCCCAGCGGUGGUGUGGUAUACAUUUCUGCAUUCUCAUCCAGUAAUCGCUGCUAUAUUCGCGAUGCCAGCGUAUCUGCAGACGUAGCACAUGUAGCAGUUUGCCAAAAGGUUGAUACCGCAGCUAAGAAAUUGCCUAAAAUAAAUAAUCCACCACCAGUUGGAUUCUGCCUAGCUCUACAUAAUGACACAUAUUGGCGUGCAAGGGUGUGGAGAUCCGGUAAACAAAAGCACUGCUUAUUCUUGGUUGAUCUUGGAAUCGUAAAGCCUGUAACUUGUUCCGAUUUAAAGGCUAUCAGUUUUGAGUUAUUAUCUCUGCCUUGUUUCCUUCGACUGGUGCAGCUCAAGAAUGUAUUGAAUUAUGACUUUUCCAAUGAUGUCAUUGCCUUCCACUCGCAAUUCGUGGGUAAGAAAUGUAUGCUAACCUAUACAAAGAGCCCUGGAUGUUACUAUGUAGAACUAGUGGACACGGUCUUUAAUUCUUCGGUCAAUGAAAAGAUAAGAGCAUUUAUCGGCAAUAAGAAGUCGUUAGGAAAUCCUAAUUCUGAUGCUAAGAAUGACACGUCAUAUUCCUCAGAUGGUCCGCAACCUUCACAAGUUGAUCAACCCAUUACAAUUCCUGCAGUCGAAAGUUCUCAGGCUGUGUCUCAAUCAACUGAAACCAUGGGUCAAAAAAUAUUACAGAAACCCGAAGAACAGAAUGCAAGCGAGAAAAAUAAUGACACACUAAAGCAGCAUGUUCAUAAAACAGGACAGGAAUCUAUAACCGAUUCCGAUAAAGUUGAUAAACCAAAACCACAGAUUGAGUCUCAGAUAAAAAGCAAUGCAUAUGAAGGAGAGAAAAAUUCCGUCCAUGAUGACUAUUUAAAGAAAGAUCCUUUUAAGGGGAUUAUUGAUCAGGGUAUUCAUAAGUUAGAUCCAAGAGAAAUCGUACGUGAGCUUUCCCAUGAAAGCACCAAGGAUGCAAAUAUACAAAAAUAUUCUAUUGAUGCUCAAAACGAUAAUGGAAAGGUCACUACCACAGAUAAUAAAACUAUAGCACCGGGUACUGAAGGAGCCUCUAAUAAUAAAGCGGGCUUUAAAGAUGAGAAUAAACCCACAAUACCCGCUGAUAAGGAAACUAAAACUACUCCGGACACCGCAUCAAAACCAAAGGAUCAAGACAUAAAACAUUUCUUAACACAGUGCUUAUCAUCAAAAACUAACUAUCCAUUAAAAGUUUCAAAUAUUAAGGAGCAAUUGGAACUUCUCUCUAUCUAUAAAACUAAUGACCAAGAAAAUGCCAUUGUAAUGCCGAAAAACGAACCUGUGCUAAAACCUCCUUUUGAGCUGCGUAGAUUUUCCAUCGAAACUACGGAAGGCAUUGAUGUCUUCGUUGUGGACAGUUCAAAAAAAAAUCGUGGAAUUUUUGGGGCUUUUGACCGCACCUACGCCUCCGAAUUUUCCUCCUUGCAUUCUCGUUUAUCAGAAAUUACAGACUGCCAGCCUUAUAAGCCAGUUCUUAGGGAAUAUGUACUUGCCCGAUUUGAGGGUUCCUGGUAUCGCGGCAAAGUGGAACAAAUUAUAGUUGUUCCACAGCAACUGACAAAGUACCGGGUUAUGUACCUGGAUUACACUAACGUAGAGGACAUAACUGAGAUUGAUAUACGUCGCUUUCCGUCAGACCUUAACACUCCUUGUGCCACGAACCUUUGCGUGAUUGAUGAAUUUCCGCACAAACUGAAUGCGGCACAGAUUUCCUAUCUGUCGGAGGCCUUGAAGGUUCAUCAGCUCGUUCAUAUUGAAAGUGUUAACUAUCUUAACCAUAUAGCCGUAAUUAAAUCGAGAAGUCUAGUUCAGAAGCUGCUGAGCUUGUCUGUACACCACAACUAAGUCUGGGCAAACUCACUGCAAUGCAUUUCCAAAUAAGCAUUACGUUUGAU